GAUUCGCUGUGUUCCUGUGCGCGUCAGACACUUCAUUGGGGAAUUCUUCCCUUCCGACUUCCUAUUCCACCUUACACCUUAUGGAGCAGCUUGUUCCGCUUGUAAAUCAACUGCAAGACCUGGUUUAUAACACUAUUGGUUAUGAUUUUCUUGAUUUACCUUCUAUCGUAGUCGUUGGCUCUCAAUCCUGUGGUAAAUCUUCUGUUCUUGAGAACAUCGUUGGACGUGAAUUUUUGCCUCGUGGAACGGGUAUUGUCACACGGCGUCCCCUUGUUCUUCAAUUAAUAAAUAUUCGUAAACCUGAACCGUUACCGGAAGCAGGCAGUGAGGAAAAAGCCGCUAAAAAAAUCGACAGAGCUUUUCAGCAUUCUGUGAAACAGGAAACUCCUUCAACAACCUCUAAUGUACAAGACUAUGCCGAAUUCUUACAUUUGCCGAACGUUAAGUUUACAGACUUUCAACGAGUCAGAGAAGAAAUCAUGAAUGAGACACUCCGCGUUGCUGGUGCGAAUAAGGGAAUCAAUAAGCUUCCCAUUAAUCUUAAAAUACAUUCUACUCGUGUUUUGAAUCUCACACUGGUAGACUUGCCGGGAUUAACUAAGCUUCCUAUCGGGGAUCAGCCUACGGACAUUGAAGCCCAGACUCGUUCUCUCAUUAUGGAGUACAUUAGCAAACCAAAUGCCAUCAUUCUUGCUGUUUCUCCAGCAAACGUUGAUAUUGUCAACAGUGAUGGACUCAAACUUGCACGUUCGGUCGACCCUAACGGCAAACGGACUUUGGGCAUUUUGACAAAAUUGGAUCUUAUGGACCAAGGAACAAACGCCAUGGAUAUUCUCAGUGGCCGCGUUUAUCCGUUAAAACUCGGUUUCAUUCCUACCGUAAAUCGUUCUCAAUCUGACAUCCAAACACAUAAGUCUUUGACUGAUGCGCUCAAAGCUGAAACACAGUACUUUUGCAGUCAUCCGGCAUACCGUUCUAUUGCCCAUCGUUGCGGAACAGCUUAUUUGGCGAAAAGUCUCAAUGCACUAUUAGUUUCGCAUAUUCGAGAUCGCCUUCCCGACAUAAAGGCUCGGUUGGGUGCUUUGACUACACAAACAAAACAACAACUUCAGAACCUUGGAUGUCAAGAUUUUGGUGACAAGGGACAAAAAGGCCUUAUUCUGUUGCAAGCUAUGACUAAGUUUGCAUCUUCCUUCAUUGCUAGUAUUGACGGUCAUUCCACUAACGUGGCAAUGAAGGAGCUUUCAGGCGGCGCUCGUUUAUUUUCUAUUUUCAACAAUGUGUUCAAAAAUGCUGUUAUUGACAUUGAUCCUAUGAGUAACCUUUCGACUUUGGACAUCCGUACGGCAAUUUUGAACAGUACCGGUCCUCGGGCCACAUUGUUUGUUCCUGAACUUGCAUUUGAUAUAUUGGUUAAACCACAGAUAAAGCUUCUGGGACCGGUUUGCCAACAAUGUGUACAACUUGUUUACGAGGAGCUCAUGAAGAUAUGCCACACUUGUGGAGAAGCUGACCUCGCCCGGUUCCCAAAGCUCCAAGCAAGACUGAUUGAAGUGGUUAGUGAGCUUUUGCAGGAGAAUCUCAAGCCAACAAUUAAGUUUGUUGACACUCUCAUAUCUAUUCAGUCUGCCUACAUUAAUACGAGUCAUCCGGAUUUCAUCGGAGCGCAGGGUGCCAUGUCCAACGUGCUCGCCAAACGAGAGAAUAUCGCCCGUGCCUCGAGCGUUGCUGUUGCUGAUGUAAAGGCAAAGGUGAACCCAGAUGCUGAAAUGGAUUUACCGUCCGGUCCGAACUCGGCAAAUGCUGUCGCUGAAGCUUCUACAAAUGCGAGACACGCUGGAGACUGCAAUUCUGACAACAAAAACACGAACACUCAAUCCGUCCUUGCACCCUCUUCGCCUUCGUUCCCUCCCGAUGCCCCAACGACCGAGUCUGCUACAAGACGCUCCUUCCUCAAUUACGUUUUUGGCAACAUUUCGCCCUCCCCUACGGUGCAAUCACGCCCACCAACAUCGAUGAUGAAGAGACGUACAGAAUCUAUUAAUACAUUUAGAAGCGAGGCGCCUGCCGAAGAAAGUUUACUGACAAUUACAGGGACCGCGGGUGCAGGUCCGUUAACAAGUGAUCUGCUAAACCAGGUCGAAUCCCUGGCUCUUGAAAAGAUGAAUGAACGUGAACAGCUGGAAGUUGAGCUCAUCAGAGAACUAAUCAUGUCUUAUUUCAAUCUUACUAGGCAAACACUGAUUGAUCAGAUACCCAAGGUCAUUAUGCACUUGAUGGUAAACGCAUCAAAGGAAGCCAUCCAAAACAGACUCGUGAGCGAACUCUAUAAAGAAGAACUGUUUGACAGCCUGCUUAUAGAAGAUGAAAAUAUUCGCAACGAGCGCGAGAAAUGCGAAAAGCUUCUCAGUGUAUACAAGGGAGCAAACAAAAUUAUAUCAUCCGUACUUUAAUAUACUGUAACUCACCAUUACGCCAGUGGACGAGCCACGAUUUCCAAAAAAAUUCAGUCUAAGCAAGCGAAUCCGAAAAUAAUAAACAAUAACAAGCGACUUGAUCAUGUCGAUGACACGCAAGUAGCUGAUUCCGAAUGUGUGUACUGCCUGAAAACACACCAUGUUUCUUUUUACCUAAGUGUAACAUGUGAGAGAGCCUCGCAAACGGAUCCAGCACUUCUGAUG